AUGUCUUCAAGUGUUCGCAGGACUCGUGUUUUUGGAAGAUCCAGAGAAGGAAACAGGAGCGUUGGACAAAUCAACAUAUUUCUGCCUCUCCUCGCCCUGACUCGAGCCAUGGAGGGAAAUUCUUCGUGUUUAAGAAUAGCCGUUGCAGAUGAUCGGCUGUUCUUAAUCGUGAGCAGAGGACCGCCUUACAAAAUCAGUGGCGUUCUGGUGGAAAUCAUGGCAAUCGUCGCUGAGUACAUGGGUGUCUGCUACGAGUGGGUCGUACCUAAUGACGGCCUCUACGGCUACAUGCUCCCCAACGGCACUUGGACAGGCAUGCUUGGCCUUGUGAACAGGUCGGAAGCUGACAUGGCGGGGAUCAUCUCAAUUACGUCACGAUACAAACAGGCGGUUGACGUGAGUGAGCCUCUCUAUAUGGACGAGUUCAGCGUCAUGCACAAGAGGCCGGUUCUGCAGUCGGACAUUUUGGGAUUCUACAAGCCGUUCACGCAGACGGUGAGGGACGUUGGCGGCGGUGAAGAGCACUUGGGUCUGAUGUGGGUGACGCUGCUGCUGUGCGUCCUGGCGGCGACGGCGGUCUCGGCGGCCGUCCUCUACUCGGAAUCCGCCCUGACGCGGCCGCGGCGCAAGCAAGACGAAAGACGAAGCAGCUUCCUCUCUGCCUGCGCGAAGUCCAUCCACUGGAAUUUUUCGCAUCUGCUGAGUCAAGCCGUGCACUGGGAACCUCAAGGCAACCCCGGCCGCGUCAUAUCAGGGCUCUGGCUAAUCUCCGCCCUGAUCCUCACUACCGUCUACCGCUCGAACCUCAAGGCCAUGCUCAUUAUGCCCCGGAUUGCCCUGCCCUUCGACAGCCUGAAGGAGUUGUCGGAGUCGGAUAUUGUCAUGUACGUGACCAAAGGGAACUACUUCCAUGACUAUGUGAUGGCAAGUGAUCUUUCGAUAUCAAACGAAAGAAAAUCCUUCUAA